AUGUACAUCAACAUCCGUUCCCUAUCCCCCUCACCCUCGCUCACGAUGGCCACCUACCCCCUCCCAAGGACGUACAACACCCUCAUGCUGCUCGCUGCCUACCUCAUCGGCAUCCUCGGGACGUACACCGCUACGCAGCUCAUGGCCCAAGUACCGAGCACGAGACGGUUGGGGAGAAAGCUUGCUUGGGCGGCCGCGGCGGCGUUUUCAGUGGGAGGAACGGCGGGUGUGGGCAUGCAUUGGGUGAAGAUGCUUGCCGCAAUAUACCCUUAUCGCGCAUCCUACCACCUCCCACUCCCACUCCUCUUCGGCACUCUCAUGGUCCUCCUCACAUUCCUCAUCCUAUCCAUCGACAUCCUACUAGAAGCGCGAGCAAGAGCACUUGAGGCAAGGAGGUUCCGCUUCUCCCUUCUCGUGCCUGCGAGUGUAGGGGAGGAGAUCGGCUUGCUCCCUGCGUCUCACUCGGAGGUGCACGAGAAGGAAGCAGCGGAAGCGACAGCCACAGCUGUAGCAGCUGAAUCCCCAGGACUGAGGAGACGUCCCACCCCGAGCCCAGAAGCGCAGAGCUCAAACUCAAGUUCCCAAAACCCGAACCAUGCAGUCAUGGUCCAUGGACUGUAUACACCAGAUCUGACCCCUCCGGCAGAAGAAGGUCCCGAUAUCACACCUUCUUCUACAGCUUCUUCUACUCCUACACCGCCGACUCCAAGGGCGGGGAAUGCGUCUUGCCUACCAAUCGCUCCCCGGCCUCAGCACGCCCCUGCACUGGCCUUACCUCCGAUGUCGGCAUCAGCACCGCCGUCCGUCUCCGCUUCUCCUCGCCCACCUUCACCAUCCCGCUUCCACGCUCAUGUGCACCAUCAUCAUCCCCAUUUGUACGACCCGCCUACUUCGCACCCGCACCACCAUUCUCCCACUCCCCCUGCCCACGCGCACCACCCUCACCCCCACCCACAUACCCAAGGGCAAGGGCAAGGGCAAGACCGCCCAGGCACACCAGGCUCCCUCUCCGCCUCUGGCUCGUCAAACCAAGCCGAGCUCUUCCUCCCUCCCCCUCCCUCCCCCGGCCCAAACCUCGCACACCAACGCGCACAGAUCUCCCGCCUCCCUCUAGGCCGCACCAUCCUCGGGUGGGCAUUCUGGUCCGUUUACCUCUCUGUCUCCCGCCAGAUGCUGGUCAAAGCCUGCGUCCUCACCAUCUUCUGCUGGCUUAUGCACAUGAGCGCUCUCCUCUCACUCCAUUUCCCCGAACUGGACGCCGCGGGGAUCCGCUAUGGCUACCGGUGGGACCCACGCAUGCUCCUCGCGAGCAUGAGCACAGAGCUGCUCGCUGCGCUCGGCGUCUGUGCCUGGGUGGACAAUACCGAGCCCAACCCGCUCGGUCAGGUAUGGUUCGCCGUCUUCCUCCCCACAGCCGCUAGCACCGUACACUUCCUCUGUGUCUGGAGCGGCACACUGUGGAUCUCCACCCCUCCCGCUCCCCUUCCCCCAAGCCCAUCAGCAGACAUCCCCUCCCUCAUCCUCACACUCGCAGUAACGACCUACGUCCUGUCCUACGCCACGCUCGCCGAGCAGAUCACGCUCAGCAGGAACAGGCUCGCAGAGACGAUAUUUACCAAGCGCAGGCUCUGGAGGGUCAUCGCGGAGAAAGAGGCGUGUGCGAGGGCGAAUAUGCAGAAGAGCGAGUUUAUUGCGGUGGCGAGUCAUGAGAUUCGGACACCGUUACAUGCCAUACUUGGGUUCACGGAUCUGCUCUUGCAGACUCCGUUGACGGAAGAGCAGAGUACCUGCUUGGAAGCGAUCCGCAUGGGAUGUAAUUCCAUCCAACUCAUUACCAACAACGUGCUCGACUUCUCCAAGCUCGAACACAAUACCCGAGAUUCAGCAGCCCACGCGACAGAAGUCAACGUCCGUACUCUCUCCCUCCGGAUCCUCAGGUCCGUCUCCGCCCCUCAGCGGAUGACAGAGCACCAACUCCGCCGACUCGUAAACUACAACCUGCCGCAGGACGACGAGUCGCCCUCCCUUCACCUUCCGGACGAGAAACACGUCGAGCUCCUGCUCGAAGUGCACGAGGCCGUCCCCGAACUCGUACGCCUCGACGAAGUGUACAUCACCCGAGUCGUCAUGAACCUCAUUAGUAACGCACUCAAGUUCACCGACGACGGGUUCGUCUUUGUACGCGUGACGAUCGAGCACUCGAAGCACGAGCCCGCGGGCGCAAAGCCCGUCCUGGCUAUCAUGGUCCGCGACAGCGGGAUCGGGAUCCCGAGCGAGAGCAAGCAAGCGAUCUUCGAGCCUUUCCGGCAGGUGGACGGCUCGCUUACUCGGACGCACACGGGUGCGGGCCUGGGGCUGGCGAUCAGCAAACAGCUUUGUGAACGGAUGGGGGGGACGAUCGACGUGCGUUCUAAGCCUGGCGUUGGGAGCGAGUUUGUCGUCCGGGUCCCGGCGUUCGAGGGCGUUGGGGAGGUUCCCGACCCCCUGCAUAUGCCUAGGACACCGUUUUCCUUCAUGACUGUUGCGGUGGCGGUCCGGUCACUCAAGACGUUCCAUUUGUACAAGGAGCUGCUGGAGAGGAGGGGGUUCCUGCUUCGCCCGAUCGACCUCGAUCAUCCGGAGAAAGAACUGCAAGUGUCCCUAGCCAAAGUGGAUAGGUUGCUCGUCGAUGUCGAGAGUCUUGCGGUCGCACCCUGGCUAUUGGACUGGAUCAUCCGCCUCCCGCAAAUACCUAGCGAAAGCGCACCAAUAUCUGUUUUUGUGCUCAUCGAUGAUCUGAGCACUGAGGUUGGUCAACAGCUCAUCAGGAUGCUCAAAGGCUCGGGGCAGGUCGCACUCGUCCACCGCCCAGUAAUGGUCCAUACCCUUCUAGAGAGCCUUAAAGAUGGAUGCGCGCUGAGCCCGCAAUCUACCGGGAUCGCACCCAUACUGCGGCACAUCACGACGCCGCUCAACUUCCCCAAGUCGGGCGGCAAGUCCGAGAGCGAGUACGAGUACUUCCCCGCAGUGCUGGACUCGGAGGCUGCUCAGCAACCUCCUGCCCCUCGGAGGAACAGCGGGACUUUGGAUUGGGAGGACACUGUUGGCCGAAUUCUCAACCCUCUAGAACCGGUUGUACAACGGGCACGGGUACCACCGAGCGACAAACGGGUGCGGUUCGAGAGCCAAGCGCCGCCUCCCCGAAACGGACCUUCGCCUAUCCGCUUGCGCCCGCCCGCGAUUCCCGCGCUAACGAUCAGCCCACGCGCUCUCGUCGCUGUGUCUCCCUCCACCGAACCUUCUCCGAUCCGUGUCGUUGCACCGCUACUACCUCUCCCUCCGGUGCUUGAGCAAGUUCCAAAAACACCGCCGACACCAAAGAAGCACAUCCUUCUCGUAGAGGAUAACGUUGUCAAUCAAAAGCUCGGCAUACGGCUGCUUCAAAAGCUAUCCCAUCGGUGCGAUGUAGCAGAAAACGGCAAGGUUGCACUGGACAUGCUUCAGGCGAACGAGGACAAGUACAGCUUAGUUCUCAUGGAUUGCCAAAUGCCUGUCAUGAAUGGAUUUGAAUGCACGCGCCAGAUCCGUUCUCUGGAGCACACCGGUGUCAGGAAGGGCCGGUUACCAAUCGUCGCUCUGACUGCAAAUGUCUCAUCAGAAUCGAGAGAGGAAUCUCAACAGGCAGGAGCGGACUUUUUCCUGCCAAAACCUCUCCUCCUUCAGGACCUUAAGGAUACGCUUAACCAGUUCAUCGCUGUUGUAGCGUGAUUGUCCUUGUCAUGUUCUUCUCAUCUGGGU